GCUGGGGGCACUGGGCGGUGGGGCUAGUGAGAGCCGGGCUCGGUCGCUCGCCUGCGUCCUGGACUCUCGGGCGUUUCCCGCCUUGGGCUGCUCCUUGCUCAGCCUCACAGCGGCUCAUCUUCCACAUACAGUGGGGAAACUGAGGCCCAGGCACCGGGAGGAGUUCCCGCCAGUUCACUCUGUAGCAGGACGAGCCGCAGACAAGAACCCCUCAGACACCGAAUUGUAGAAGGAAAGGGCUUUAUUUAGUGGGGAGCAUCGGCAGACUCACGUCUCCAAAAACCGAGCUCUCUGAGUGAGCAAUUCCUGUCCCUUUUAAGGGCGUACAACCCUAAGGGGGUCUGUGUGAGAGGGUCGUGAUCGAUUGAGCAAGCAGGGGGUACGUGACUGGGGGCUGCAUGCACCGGUAAUCAGAACGGAACAGAACAGGACAGGGAUUUUCACAAUGCUUUUCCAUACAAUGUCUGAAAUCUAUAGAUAACAUAACCGGUUAGGUCAAGGAUUGAUCUUUAACCAGGCCCAGGGCGCGGCGUCAGGCUGUCUGCCUGUGGAUUUUAUUUCUGCCUCUUAGUUUUUACUUCUUUAUUUGGAAGCAGAAAUUGGGCAUAAGACAAUAUGAGGGGUGGUCUCCUCCCUUACCUCCGCCUCCUGGGUUCAAGCGAUUCUCCUGCCUCAGCCUCCUGAGUAGCUGGGAUUAUAGGUGCACGCCACCACGCUCUGCCAAUUUUUGUAUUUUUAGUAGACCUGGGGUUUCGCCAUGUUGGCCAGGCUGUCUUGAACUCCUGACCUCCAGUGAUCCAUCCGCCUCGGCCUCCCCAAGUGCUGGGAUUACAGGUGUGAGCCACCGUGCCCGGCCGGGAGUGGGUAGAUUUGAUGUGUGUGUGUAACAGGCAGAGGUUGAUGGAGUAACAGGGAAGUGAGGCUCCUAGGAUUUUGGUCUGAGCAACUGGGUGUGGCCAUUUAUCAUUCCAAUAAAUGUCUGCGGGGAGCAGGGUGAAGUAUGGGGGUGGAGCCAUGAGCUCCUUUUCACACUUGCUGAGUUUGAAUGGGCCGUCAGUCACCAAGGAGAGACGUCUAAUCAGCAGCAGGAUAUAAGAUUCCUAAGCUUAGGGAAGGGUCAGUGCUGGAGAUGUAAUUUGGAAAUCGUCAGCACAUAAUUAGUGUUGAAACAUGAACCUGGGUUAGUUCAUCCAAAGAGAGAGUACCAAUAUAGGGAGUGAAGGGUUAAGACCAGAUAGCAGGUGCUGGGGUCUCUCCAGGGGCGAAGCAGCAGAGGAGGCUGAGGGGGAGCAGUCAGUGCAGUGGGAGGAGAGGCGGAUGUGAGUGGCAUUAGAGAAUCCAGGGGGAGAAUAAACCACAUCAGAUGCUGCUGAGAGGCUGAGAAGGACGAGGACAGAGAGAUGGGAACCAGAUAUGGCACUGAGAUUGUCAGCAAGUCCAGCGAAAAGGGUUUUCUUUUUUUUGUUUUGAGACGGAGUCUUGCUCUGCUGCCCAGGCCGGAGUGCAGUGGCGUGAUAUCGGCUCACCACAAUCUCCACCUCCUGGGUUCAAGAGAUUCUCCUGCCUCAGCCUCCUGAGUAGCUGGAACUACAGGUGCACGCCACCAUGCCCAGCUAAUUUUUUUUUUUUUUUUGAGACGAAGUUAUGCUCUUGUCGCCCAGGCUGGAGUGCAAUGGCGCAAUCUCGGCUCACCGCAACCUCCACCUCCCGGGUUCAAGUGAUUCUUCUGCCUCAGCCUCCCGAGUAGCUGGGAUUACAGGCAUGCGCCACCAUGCCCGGCUAAUUUUGUACUUUUAGUAGAGAUGGGGUUUCUCCAUGUUGGCCAGGCUGGUAUGGAUCUCCAGACAUCAGGUGAUCCUCUCUCCUCAGUCUCCCAAAGUGUUGGGAUUACAGGCGUGAGCCCCCACACCUAGCCUAAUUUUUGUAUUUUUGAAAAGAGACGGGGUUUCACUAUGCUGGCCAGGCUGAUCUCGAACUCCUGACCUCAUGAUCCGCGUGCCUCGUGAUCCACCUGCCUCGGCCUCCCAAAGUGCUGGGAUUAAAGGCGUGAGCCACCACACCUGGACUGGGUUUUCUUUUUAAAAAAGGAAAAAAACUUUGUUCCAGCAGUUUGUAAACCAGGGCAAUGCAGCCUUCUGUACAAAGGUGCAUUCCAGGGAACAAAGAGAACAAAGAAAGAGGUCGUCUUUUGUAGAGAACUUCUUGCCCAGGUUCCCACUUUGGUCCACUUAUGCAAAUGAGGAAGGCACACCUACUUAGUUCUGAUUGGUUAAUACUUGCUGAGUUCAGAUUGGUCGAUGCAGGUCACAGUCGAUGGGUUGAUUCUGGCGGCAUAAACAGGAACAGAUAGCUGUGAAACCGUCCCAGAGUUAAGUGAGAGUGGGGGCUUUCCAGGAACGCAGAAUGUGUGUGUGACCCUAGUCAGCAAAUGGCUGCUAGGUCCUACUUUGAAUUUAGGCCCAGUUAGUAACUUGGGAUCCAUCAAGAAGGAUUGGCUCUUUCAGGGUUCACAAAGUUAUUGGUGACCUUUUAAAGAUCAAUUUCAAUAGUAUGUGGGAAUUGAAGGCAAGGAAGUGGAGAUAGCCACUGAAAAUAAUGUUUCCAAGUUCUUAAAGACAGCCAGAAACAGGGCUAUGGCAGGAGGACAGUGUCAAGGGAAGGUUGUUGAUUGUAAUCAAGAGACACCGGAGUGUCUGGGCUUGGUGGCUCAUGCCUGUAAUCCCAGCACUUUGGGAGGCCGAUGCAGUCAGCUCACCUGAGGUCAGGAGUUUGAGACCAGCUUGGCCAACAUGGUGAAACCCCACCUCUACUAAAAAUACAAAAACUAGCCAGGCGUGAUGGCGGGCGCCUGUAAUCCCAUCCACAAGGGAGGCUGAGGCAGGAGAAUCACUUGAACCUGGGUGGCGGAGGUUGCAGUGAGCCGAGAUCGUGCCACUGCACUCCAGCCUGGGUGACACAGCAAGAAUCUGUCUCAAAAAACAAACAAAAACCAAAAAGAGACAGGAGAGUCAUGCAUGCCGAUGGAAUGAGCCAGGUACCAUGAUCUCGACAUCUAAGCAUGCCCCCUUCUCCAACAGCCUCCUUACCUUCCUGCAUGAAAGCACACCCUUCCCUCCAGUCCCCCAUUCCUUUAUUCUGCUGUAUUUUUCUCCAUAACACUUACCACUUUUGAACAUACUACAUAUACAACAUGUGUCUGUCUAGCAACUUUGCUGUCUGGCUCUCUUCCCUAGAAUUUAAGCUGUGAGAGGCCGAGGCUGCUGUCUGCCUGGCUUGUGGCUGCUUUCCUGGUGUCUAGCACAGAGCCUGGCCUGUUUCAGGGGCUCAGUGAAACAUUUGUUGGCUGAAGGAAUGAAUGAAUGGCUCUAGCAGAGGGGCAGAAACUAACGAUGCAGGAGGAGAGAGCUGGGAAGGGAUCCAGAGCCAGGGCCUGGCAGGAAGUGUAGGUGUGUCCUCCCUGAUCGCAGAGGAGGAGAGAGGCUGCACUUUGAGGGGUGGAAAGACAAGGUGAAUCCCCCUGCUGGUCAUCAGCUUGUGCGGCUCUGUGGCUGUAAGGGGUGUAAAAGAGUGGUUUGGAGCAUGUGAAGAGAGUCUUCCAGGAGAUGAAGGGGAUUGCCAGGCCGUUUGUGAUGAUGCUGAGAUCUGGUGCCGUGCAGCCUGCUUCUGCCACUCUCCUCAUCAGGCGUAGGCACAGAGUAGGUGGAGAGUUGAGCCAGAACCACGAUGUCUUUGGCACAGCCUCUCAUCUGUCAGAUGGGAGCGGGGACCCCGGAGAGGGAGUCAGCCGAGGUCCUAGCAUUCCUCGUGAACCCCCGUCUGUGGGUUUCUGGUCCAGUGUCCCUUCUCCAGAAUAGAUGGCUUAGGCCUCCUCUAAGGGGGUGGGCGUGUACAUCCGGAGAGCUGUCUGGUGUGCAGGACUGGGCUGCAGGGUACCCUGAACUGCAACCAUCUUAGAGCAAGGCCCAGGUUGCAGCAGCAGGAGCUGCAGGCCGCCCACCCUAGCCACGGCCCCUGCCCUGGCAGGAAGCUUCCAAGAGUAAACACUGCCUAAUCGUCCCGCCCAGUGAGCGGGCCUGUCCCAUUCCAUACUGACCAGAUUCCCAGUCACCAAGGCCCCCUCUCACUCCGCUCCACUCCGCGGGCUGGCUCUCCUGAGGAUGCACCAGCGUCACCCCCGGGCAAGAUGCCCUCCCCUCUGUGUGGCUGGAAUCCUUGCCUGUGGCUUUCUCCUGGGUUGCUGGGGACCCUCCCAUUUCCAGCAGAGUUGUCUUCAGGCUUUGGAGCCACAGGCCGUGUCUUCUUACUUGAGCCCUGGUGCUCCCUUAAAAGGCCGCCCUCCUUCCCCUGGCUUCCAGAGGCAGAGGCAGAGGCAGAGGCAGAGGCAGAGGCGGGCUGCAGGCGGCAUCCUACACCUGGAGCUGCUGGUGGCCGUGGGCCCCGAUGUCUUCCAGGCUCACCAGGAGGACACAGAGCGCUACGUGCUCACCAACCUCAACAUCGGGGCAGAACUGCUUCGGGACCCGUCCCUGGGGGCUCAGUUUCGGGUGCACCUGGUGAAGAUGGUCAUUCUGACAGAGCCCGAGGGUGCUCCAAAUAUCACAGCCAACCUCACCUCGUCCCUGCUGAGCGUCUGUGGGUGGAGCCGGACCAUCAACCCUGAGGACGACACGGAUCCUGGCCAUGCUGACCUGGUCCUCUAUAUCACUAGGUUUGACCUGGAGUUGCCUGAUGGUAACCGGCAGGUGCGGGGCGUCACCCAGCUGGGCGGUGCCUGCUCCCCAACCUGGAGCUGCCUCAUUACCGAGGACACUGGCUUCGACCUGGGAGUCACCAUCGCCCAUGAGAUUGGGCACAGCUUCGGCCUGGAGCACGACGGCGCGCCCGGCAGUGGCUGCGGCCCCAGCGGACACGUGAUGGCUUCGGACGGCGCCGCGCCCCGCGCCGGCCUCGCCUGGUCCCCCUGCAGCCGCCGGCAGCUGCUGAGCCUGCUCAGCGCAGGACGGGCGCGCUGCGUGUGGGACCCGCCGCGGCCUCAACCCGGGUCCGCGGGGCACCCGCCGGAUGCGCAGCCUGGCCUCUACUACAGCGCCAACGAGCAGUGCCGCGUGGCCUUCGGCCCCAAGGCUGUCGCCUGCACCUUCGCCAGGGAGCACCUGGAUAUGUGCCAGGCCCUCUCCUGCCACACAGACCCGCUGGACCAAAGCAGCUGCAGCCGCCUCCUCGUUCCUCUCCUGGAUGGGACAGAAUGUGGCGUGGAGAAGUGGUGCUCCAAGGGUCGCUGCCGCUCGCUGGUGGAGCUGACCCCCAUAGCAGCAGUGCAUGGGCGCUGGUCUAGCUGGGGUCCCCAUAGUCCUUGCUCCCGCUCCUGCGGAGGAGGUGUGGUCACCAGGAGGCGGCAGUGCAACAACCCCAGACCUGCCUUUGGGGGGCGUGCAUGUGUUGGUGCUGACCUCCAGGCCGAGAUGUGCAACACUCAGGCCUGCGAGAAGACCCAGCUGGAGUUCAUGUCGGAACAGUGCGCCAGGACCGACGGCCAGCCGCUGCGCUCCUCCCCUGGCGGUGCCUCCUUCUACCACUGGGGUGCUGCUGUACCACACAGCCAAGGGGAUGCUCUGUGCAGACACAUGUGCCGGGCCAUUGGCGAGAGCUUCAUCAUGAAGCGUGGAGACAGCUUCCUCGAUGGGACCCGGUGUAUGCCAAGUGGCCCCCGGGAGGACGGGACCCUGAGCCUGUGCGUGUCGGGCAGCUGCAGGACAUUUGGCUGUGACGGCAGGAUGGACUCCCAGCAGGUAUGGGACAGGUGCCAGGUGUGUGGUGGGGACAACAGCACGUGCAGCCCACGGAAGGGCUCUUUCACAGCUGGCAGAGCGAGAGAAUAUGUCACAUUUCUGACAGUUACCCCCAACCUGACCAGUGUCUACAUUGCCAACCACAGGCCUCUCUUCACACACUUGGCGGUGAGGAUCGGAGGGCGCUACGUCGUGGCUGGGAAGAUGAGCAUCUCCCCUAACACCACCUACCCCUCCCUCCUGGAGGAUGGUCGUGUCGAGUACAGAGUGGCCCUCACCGAGGACCGGCUGCCCCGCCUGGAGGAGAUCCGCAUCUGGGGACCCCUCCAGGAAGAUGCUGACAUCCAGGUUUACAGGCGGUAUGGCGAGGAGUAUGGCAACCUCACCCGCCCAGACAUCACCUUCACCUACUUCCAGCCUAAGCCACGGCAGGCCUGGGUGUGGGCCGCUGUGCGUGGGCCCUGCUCGGUGAGCUGUGGGGCAGGGCUGCGCUGGGUAAACUACAGCUGCCUGGACCAGGCCAGGAAGGAGUUGGUGGAGACUGUCCAGUGCCAAGGGAGCCAGCAGCCACCAGCGUGGCCAGAGGCCUGCGUGCUCGAACCCUGCCCUCCGUACUGGGCGGUGGGAGACUUCGGCCCGUGCAGCGCCUCCUGUGGGGGUGGCCUGCGGGAGCGGCCAGUGCGCUGCGUGGAGGCCCAGGGCAGCCUCCUGAAGACAUUGCCCCCAGCCCGGUGCAGAGCAGGGGCCCAGCAGCCAGCUGUGGUGCUGGAAACCUGCAACCCCCAGCCCUGCCCUGCCAGGUGGGAGGUGUCAGAGCCCAGCUCAUGCACAUCAGCUGGUGGAGCAGGCCUGGCCUUGGAGAAUGAGACCUGUGUGCCAGGGGCAGAUGGCCUGGAGGCUCCAGUGACUGAGGGGCCUGGCUCUGUAGAUGAGAAGCUGCCUGCCCCUGAGCCCUGUGUCGGGAUGUCAUGCCCUCCAGGCUGGGGCCAUCUGGAUGCCACCUCUGCAGGGGAGAAGGCUCCCUCCCCAUGGGGCAGCAUCAGGACGGGGGCUCAAGCUGCACAUGUGUGGACCCCUGCGGCGGGGUCGUGCUCCGUCUCCUGCGGGCGAGGUCUGAUGGAGCUGCGUUUCCUGUGCAUGGACUCUGCCCUCAGGGUGCCUGUCCAGGAAGAGCUAUGUGGCCUGGCAAGCAAGCCUGGGAGCCGGCAGGAGGUCUGCCAGGCUGUCCCGUGCCCUGCUCGGUGGCGGUACAAGCUGGCGGCCUGCAGCGUGAGCUGUGGGGGAGGGGUCGUGCGGAGGAUCCUGUAUUGUGCCCGGGCCCAUGGGGAGGACGAUGGUGAGGAGAUCCUGUUGGACACCCAGUGCCAGGGGCUGCCUCGUCCGGAACCCCAGGAGGCCUGCAGCCUGGAGCCCUGCCCACCUAGGUGGAAAGUCAUGUCCCUUGGCCCAUGUUCGGCCAGCUGUGGCCUUGGCACUGCUAGACGCUCGGUGGCCUGUGUGCAGCUCGACCAAGGCCAGGACGUGGAGGUGGACGAGGCGGCCUGUGUGGCGCUGGUGCGGCCCCAGGCCAGUGUCCCCUGUCUCAUUGCCGACUGCACCUACCGCUGGCAUGUUGGCACCUGGAUGGAGUGCUCUGUUUCCUGUGGGGAUGGCAUCCAGCGCCGGCGUGACACCUGCCUCGGACCCCAGGCCCAGGCGCCUGUGCCGGCUGAUUUCUGCCAGCACUUGCCCAAGCCGGUGACUGUGCGUGGCUGCUGGGCUGGGCCCUGUGUGGGACAGGGGAUGCCCAGCCUGGUGCCCCACGAAGAAGCCGCUGCUCCAGGACGGACCACAGCCACCCCUGCUGGUGCCUCCCUGGAGUGGUCCCAGGCCCGGGCCCUGCUCUUCUCCCCGGCUCCCCAGCCUCAGCGGCUCCUGCCCGGGCCCCAGGAAAACUCAGCACAGUCCAGUGCCUGUGGCAGGCAGCACCUUGAGCCAACAGGAACCAUUGACAUGCGAGGCCCAGGGCAGGCAGACUGUGCAGUGGCCAUUGGGCGGCCCCUCGGGGAGGUGGUGACCCUCCGCGUCCUUGAGAGUUCUCUCAACUGCAGUGCGGGGGACAUGUUGCUGCUCUGGGGCCGGCUCACCUGGAGGAAGAUGUGCAGGAAGCUGUUGGACAUGACUUUCAGCUCCAAGACCAACACGCUGGUGGUGAGGCAGCACUGCGGGCGGCCAGGAGGCGGGGUGCUGCUGCGGUAUGGGAGCCAGCUUGCUCCUGAAACCUUCUACAGAGAAUGUGACAUGCAGCUCUUUGGGCCCUGGGGUGAAAUCGUGAGCCCCUCGCUGAGUCCAGCCACGAGUAAUGCAGGGGGCUGCCGGCUCUUCAUUAAUGUGGCUCCGCACGCACGGAUUGCCAUCCAUGCCCUGGCCACCAACAUGGGCGCUGGGACCGAGGGAGCCAAUGCCAGCUACAUCUCGAUCCGGGACACCCACAGCUUGAGGACCACAGCGUUCCAUGGGCAGCAGGUGCUCUACUGGGAGUCAGAGAGCAGCCAGGCUGAGAUGGAGUUCAGCGAGGGCUUCCUGAAGGCUCAGGCCAGCCUGCGGGGCCAGUACUGGACCCUCCAAUCAUGGGUACCGGAGGUGCAGGACCCUCAGUCCUGGAAGGGAAAGGAAGGAACCUGAGGGUCAUUGAACAUUUGUUCUGUGUCUGGCCAGCCCUGGAGGGUUGACCCCUGGUCUCAGUGCUUUCCAAUUCGGACUUUUUCCAAUCUUAGGUAUCUACUUUAGAGUCUUCUCCAAUGUCCAAAAGGCUAGGGGGUUGGAGGUGGGGACUCUGGAAAAGCAGCCCCCAUUUCCUCGGGUACCAAUAAAUAAAACAUGCAGGCUGACCGGCGUUUUUUUCUUACAAGCUGUCCAGACCUGGCUUGAAAACCCAUCCCAUGGCAAGGCAGGGAUUCGCUGGCCGCGGUUGGCUCUAUCUUGAUCUGAGCAAGCCGCUGGACAUCCCUAGUUAUCUUCUUCCUAUCCAGGAGGAAAAUCCAAUCAGGAUUCCACUCCGAGGAUGGCGCAUUAGCCAGCUCCCUGCGAAGCCCCACCCGUGUGUCCUGGUGUGAGGCUCUGACCGCUGAGGUGUCUGCCCGCCUCCAGACCCCGCCCCCUAUGCUAAUAAGCGCCCGCCUCCUUUGGGAGCAAGUC